AAUAUGGAAUUCCCUUAUUAAAAUCUGUUGUCCAAGGAUUGUGUCAUAACUUAGUAAACAUUUUUUUCUUUGUAAAAAUAUUGUUCGCAUAUGUUUAAUGUAUUCUUUACCUUGUUUCAGUGCGGAAUCGAAGAUGAUUCAGACGAUGACGAAUUGGGCGCCAUGAAAGACCUUACCAUCAACGAUUACAUCAAUACUAGCGUCAACACCAAACAGCAAAACGAUUUGGAAUCUCAACAGCGACUGGCCGUGCUCAGUUUCGAACAAGUCAACAGGCUCAAUGAAGUCAUGGACGAGGUGGUUUUCAUCCAUGGCAGAGGAAACUUCCCUACUUUGGAGAUCCGUCUCAAAGACCUCGUGAACGUCGUGAGGGAGAAACUAGAGGCUGAUACCUCUGCUGGGGGAGCGGGUAUGAAGGUAAAGGACAUCCGAUUAAAUGGUGGCGCCGCUUCCCACGUUCUGGCCACCGAAAGCCAACCCUACAACGAUCUGGAUCUUAUCUUCGGAGUGGAGUUGUCCAGUAUGCGGAAUUUCGACAGAGUCAAAAGUGCAGUUCUCAGCUCUUUAUACGAGAUGCUACCAGAGGGUGUAAAUCGAAAACGAAUCUCCACCUGCAGUCUGAAAGAAGCAUACGUAAGCAAAAUGGUGAAAGUGAACCAGAACAUUGGCGGUGACAGGUGGUCGUUAAUAUCCUUGGGGAAUUCCCGCGGUCGCGGUGUCGAACUCAAGUUUGUCGAUUGCAUGCGUCGCCAGUUCGAGUUUUCGGUCGAUUCUUUCCAGAUUAUCUUAGAUUCGCUGCUACUCUUCUAUAAAUGCAGUGAAUUGCCAAUUAGUGAGAACUUUUAUCCGACCGUAGUCGGAGAAUCUGUUUAUGGAGACUUCCAAGAAGCCUUGUACCACCUUCAGAAGAAACUUAUCUCAACGAGGCAUCCUGAAGAAAUUCGAGGAGGUGGUCUAUUGAAGUAUUGUAACCUUUUAGUCAAAAACUACAAACCUGCUAGGCCAGACUACAUCAAGAGUUUGCAGAGGUACAUGUGCUCCAGGUUCUUCAUAGACUUUCCCGACAUCUCUCAGCAAAAAGGCAAGUUGGAAAACUAUUUGUGGAACCACUUCGUAGAACCCGACGAAGAAGCCCUCCGCCAUCAGUACCUAAUGCUUCUACACGACGUAGUUGAAGAAUCAACCGUGUGUCUCAUGGGCCACGAGAGACGCCAAACACUCCAGCUCAUCAAAAAUCUAGCUUGGCAAGUCCUCUACCAAGACCAGCAGCGCAUGAUGACCCAACAGCCGCCUCCUCUUGUCUACGCCAACGGCAUCGUCUACGCUCCCAUCAUCCAGACCAACUGCUAUUGCACGUGCAAUACCACUUGGAUGCCGCAGUGCUGUUCGUGA